AUUAAAAAAUAGUAAUUAUUCUCCGUAAUCAUCCAAAAUGUCAUCCGAAGGUUCAGAUAUCGAGUUACAAUCAGCUUUACCAAAAAAGUCUAACAAGAAAAUACCGCCAAGUCCUUCGGAUGGAAUGUUAACUACAAAACCAGAAAAGAAAUUGACCACGAAGAUAAUGAUUAAUCAAGCUUUGAUGGAUCUUAAUAGCAGGAAAGGCGUUUCUCUUUAUGCAAUCAAGAAGUAUAUACAAGAAAAAUACAACGUUGAUACGGAAAAGUUAAACUUUCAUAUGAAAAAGUAUAUAAAGAAAGCCGUUGAAGAAGGAAAAAUCGUUCAAAUGAAAGGAAUCGGCGCUUCUGGGUCCUUCAAGCUAGUUCCAGUAAAGGAAAAGAAACCAAAACCCAAAAAGAUGUUAAAAGAGAAAGAGAAAAAACCAAAAGAUCCAGAAAAAAAGAAGAAAACUAAAGAAAUGUCUAAGACUAAGGACGCAGCAGAAAAAGUUACUAAAAAGAAACCUGUUAAGCCUAAAGAAAGUAAAGAGAAAUCUACAAAAACUGCUAAACCAAUGAAAAAGAUGGAAAAAGAUAGUACAGAAAAGAAGACUGUCAAAGGAAAGAAAAAUGGCGAAGAGAAAGUAAAAAAAGUUAGAAUUGCUAAGGGCAUGCAAACUCCAUCGAAGAAAAAAAGCAUGAUGCGAAGAAAAAGUAUUGGAUCUAUCAUAAAACCACCGAAAAUGAAGCCCAGUAAAAGCGUGAAAGCUUAAAUAAUGAUUUUUAGUGUUAUUCUUAAUUUCUUUUUUAUAAAUUUUAAUAAUUGUUAAUCUUUAAUAAUUGGUAAUAAAUGAUUAUGGUUUUUAUUUACGCUAUUUUAUUUAUUAAUCCCUUUAAGGGCUGCUACCCAGUGGGUAAAACCCUAUUAUAACCAAGACUUCACUGUCCAUCUGUCUAUCUGUCCGUCUGUCAUCAGGCUGUAUUUCAUAAACCGUUUUGUUGUGCUAAGUAUGUGUUUCUCUUGCCGCUUUAACAUUAAAUACUGAAAACUAGAAUAGAAUCAAUAAUUUAAGGUACC